UUAAAGGAACAAUGAGAUGUUGGUUCAGGCCUACCAACACAUGCUACAUUUUAACAGAUGCAUUCAAACAUAAAGUGCAAUGCAUGGGAUUACAAGGGCUGCCAGCAUUCAUUCCUGUGCUGUUACAGAAGAGGAGGAAUAAAUCACUAAAUUUCACAAAACAGCAGAAAAAAAGCAACUAGACAUCUUUGCAGUAUUAACCUUCUGAGAUCACAAUUAUGGAGGAAUAUGCUCGUGAGCCAUGCCCAUGGCGUAUUGUCGAUGACUGUGGAGGUGCAUUUACAAUGGGUUGCAUUGGAGGUGCUGUAUUCCAGAGUAUAAAAGGCUUCCGAAAUGCACCGAGUGGAAUGAACCGUCGUCUUCUUGGUAGUUUAGCAGCUAUUAAGCAGCGUUCACCGAUAAUUGCUGGCAACUUUGCAAUAUGGGGAGGCAUGUUUUCAACUAUCGACUGUACCUUGGUACAUUUUCGAAAGAAAGAGGAUCCUUGGAAUUCUAUAAUCAGUGGUGCAGCCACUGGUGGUAUUUUAGCAGCAAGAAAUGGUCUACCAGCAAUGGCAGGCAGUGCUGUAAUUGGAGGUGUUCUUUUAGCUCUAAUUGAAGGUGUAGGAAUAUUGUUCACACGAAUUUCUGCAGAGCAGUUCAAACCACCAAACCCAAUCCUGGAAGAUCCUUCACAGUUAGGGCCACCUCCUGGUUUUCAUCAGCAACCUAAUUAUUAGUGCAUGGACAAUUUUAAUAGCCAAAUUACAAAAAUGAAAGGAAUACAGUUUAUGAUGUAUAUAUGUGUAGUGAGAAUAAAGUUGUUUCUUUACUUCCCAUUUGUCACAAUUUAAUGAAUAUGUAAUAUUUGUUGCAGUUCACUUUCUAUGCUUUCUUAUUACGUUUGACAUAUAAAUUAUGAAUUGUAUCACUGAAAGUAUUGAAAUUGGAUGAGUCAGUAGAGAUCCCAAAAUGUAAACAAUGUUAUUUAAUAUAAUCAAUGUAAAGUGAAGCUUCUGUUCUCUUGCUGUAAUUUAAAAAUAUAGUAGUCAGGUUUUUUUUACAUGUUCUUUCAUCUCUUUUAAUGUUUAGAAAUUGCAAUUGAUUCAAAUGAUUUUGAAGCCCUCAAUGAUGGUAUUUUUUGUACAUACACUUUAAGCUUGAAAGCAGAGUUUACUGUAACAGCAGUGUUAUUAGCACAACCACAUAAUUAUUAAGUUUACAGACAUUGUUUAAUAUAAGAAGUUCUGAAUUUGCAGUAAAGAUAAAAUCUCAAAGUUCUUGAAGAUGAAGGCAGCAUGUUUCUCCAAAAUGUUGGGCAUACGGCCAUAAGACUACAUGAUACAACAAACCACAAGCCUAUGUUCUAAUUUUUUUUUAUUUGCAGCUUGUCAGGUUUGCCAUUAUGCAAACUGAAUGCACGUUUGAAGUUUGUGAAAUUUGUAUCAUUCCUAGUAGUUCGAUGCAGGAUUAUGGCGUGGCUUUAGAGAAGACCUUUGUUGUGAGAAGUACCAAUAUGCCAAUUUGUACUUCAGUUUAAUCAGAGAAAAUACAAUUGUCUGUCAGUAUCUGUUUUUUUAUAUUGGAAACAAAGCCACUAUCCCCUUCACAAGGUGUGAGGAAGUUUAAGGAUGUGAACUUGAUUUUUGAAAGCAGUUAGGCCUAGUAAUUACUUUUGUUACAUUACAAAAUAUUUUCUGUAAAUUAUAGGAUUAAAACAAAACAUUUAAGACCAUGAAUAGGUAUUAAAAAAGAAACUGGAAAUAUAUUAUUAUAUUUAGCCAGUGGGUAUGAAAUACAUUGUUUUCAAUUUCAUAGUAUGAAAAAACAAGUCAGUUAUCUCUGCAACAAGUCGAUUACUUUUCAUCAAUGUGGUUAUGCCAGUCACAGUGUGCCAUUGCAUUUCUGCCAACCAGAAUUGGAAGGAUUUUGGUGUGGCCAUCGGAUCCGGAAGGACUGGGUUUCAAUAAAGGAAUAUAAAGUGAAGCUUUUGUGCCGACUGAAGUUGAUGAAAGACUCUCGAGUUACAGGUAGCUGAAUGGUGAAUAAACCAUAUCUUCUGCCAACGUUUCAAGAAUAAUCUCUGCUCUCAUCCUCAGGGCUGCUGCAUAACAAAUCUGAUCCUUUGUAGCCACCUGCUGCAGCUUGUAACCUAACAGUCUUUCAUCAAAGGAAUAUAAAUUUACAAAUUAUAAUGAAACUUGGAUGCAGAUAUCAGCAUCAUAUAUGGCACUCUUAGUGAUGUUUACUGCAACACAAAAGGUAAACUUGUGUGAAAUAGUUCUGCGCUGUUUCAUCUACAUUCUUUCUUUGAGGUAUCUGAAGUCAUUAUUCCAGAUAUGUCUUACCAUUUUGGACAAACUCAAGAACAAUAAUUAUUUGACUUUGUGGCCACUUACCAUGUUCCUGAAGAAUCACUUCUUUCAACAAUAAAUAUGGCCUCUUCUAGUGAAUUGGUUCCCACACACAUUCACUUGAUAUAAAGAAAUAAUACUCGGCAAUGCUUUUCUGUAAAAAAAAGAAGCAGUAAUUUUAAAUUGUUUGGCAAUUUUAACGUAUUGUGACGUUUGAUUAUUUUAUUAUGUAUGUAUUUUGAAGAAAAUGUGCUGGUACUGCGUAAUGGUUUACCACAACAAAAAAGCAUUGAUGCUCAGUAGUAAAAGCUGUUAAAGUUGGCGGGAUAUCAACAUGAGUGACCCCAAAAGUGUCUUACAAGGCAGAAGAAUGGCUGUGGGAGGUUUAUUCUUAAUUUUCUUUGGAGUAAACUAUGAACAGAAUUUGCAUGUUAGCCAUAUUAGCCUGACUAACACUUCAAGAAAUAAAGUCUUAUUUCAUGGUUAGAUGGGUACUCCAUACAAACCAGUCAUGUAAAGUCCAUUGUUAUCCAGCUCCAGACACUUAGGCACUUGCUGUUAGCGUAAGCUUUGACUUUGGUUGACACCACUCUGCAUGCUUAUCUCUUAAGGAUUAUUUGAAUUAAUAAUAGUCUGAAGAUAA